AUGCCCAUGGCCUACACAGUCGAAAAACUUCUCGCCCUGCGAGACUCCGUUUCGGAAUCCGCCGUGUCUAUCGAUAAAUUCCCUGAUGAAGAUGUCAUCAAGGAACACGUCAUCCGUCCUACUGUAUCCGCCAACAUCAUUCGAACAGCGUCCACAGCGUCUUUCGAGAAACCUGUACGAGCGUCUGCAACCGCUGCUGGAGUCUCCGCCGCUGCGACCAACCUGAAGAAGCCGUCGCCUUCUCCUUCCGUCAAGCGUGGAAAAGCCGAACGGCUCCUGAAGGAGCACGGAAGCCCUCCGGGCAUGCGGGUCACAGCAGGUGGUCGAGUAGUUCCCAGCGAUCUUCCACCCCUGAACAGUGGCGCACGCUUUGGAAGUAGCAAUACCAGAGCCCCGAGACCGAGGAGUGUUGAUCCCAACACCGGUUUACCAAGGCAGUCACAAGCGGAAAAUCUCAACGCUCAGUUGCGGAUCAUCGGAACACAACCCGUCAUUCAAGUCGGCGACAGGAUAUAUCCCAUUCAGGCUUACGAAGGUGGAUACGCGAUGCAUCCUGCUGUACCUACUCCAGUUGUCCCUCCGGUCGUGGAUCCCACAAAACAGGCAGGAUUCCCAACUCCACUGUUUGCACCUUCGCUCCCUGGCCCACCGUGGAUCCCGCAGAAUGCCAACGCCCAGGUCCCUCUGGUCGCCAACAAUGUUCAGGUUCUUCAGGAGCACUACGAGAACAAGAGAGCGGAGCUCCGCCAGCUCGAGCAGCUGGAAGUCAUAGAAGGCGAGCGUCAGGGUCAAGCGUGGCGUUCCAGUGUGAUUGCAAAGAAGCGGAGUCUCAUUGUUGAGCUUGAUGCCGUGCGGAAACAGAUCAAUGCCAUGAAAGAAUCUGACCAGUCGAAGGAGGAGGGUGGUAGUGACCCCGUUCAGACGACUAGUGUUGGAUCAAGCUCGACUGUUCCAGCUCCAGCGCCGAAUGCGUUCGUCCCACCGUUCCACCGUCCGCUUCCUCCGGUCAUGUUCGCGAACAUGGGGGUACCUUAUGUAUCGACUCCUAGUCCUUUCCAACUGAUGUAUCCGGCGUAUGGCCCCACGGCGCCCCCUCCGUAUCCAACUGAAACUCCGCAAUUCGGUUCUGUUCCUGACAACCUGAACAACGGCGAACUGUUGGGGAAAUGUCCAGCCUUGGAAAACGGCUAUCAGAUCAACAACGGACACACGCAGGGGGGAAGUACUUCGCACUCACCUAGUUCGACAAAUCGUCGCUCACAUGCUGUUCCAAUCAAGAAACCCGAUGACGACGGAAAGAAGAACAGUGCUUCAGCCUCAAGGCUCGAUCCCAAGAGUCCGACUUAUGAACCUGUCUCCAAAAUGACGGGAACGAAUAAGGAUAGCGGUUCAAACCAGGCGCCUUCUACACCUUCACCGGUUAAGGAGUCUCCUUGGCACACCAAUGGAACUGGCGUAGGCCAACUCCUGACGCAGAAAGACCGAGGGAUAUCUCAGAAGCCUAGUCUGUCCAGCAUAUCCACGACAGACUUCUUCCCCACCAAUACGCAUGAGCACUCGUCCACGAGAAUCGCGCCGGAGAAAUUACCGAAACAACCCUCGCGCGAUACAACCAAGUUACCAGCGACUCCGGAUAAACCUUGGUCUAACGGUCCGUGGAACCCACCGUCUGGCGGCCAGUCGUCGCGGGCGGGGAGCUCCACUCAAAACGAUUCGACAAUGAAGCUGACGUCCUGGCCAGAGGUAUUCGGGAAGCAAUCCCCAGUCCCGGGCAGCGGCCACAAGCCCCGAGCAGACGGUACCGGUGCACCUUUGUCCUCCAACACAGGGCGUAGCGACUCGGGCGGUCAGAAUAGCGCAGAAUUGAAUUGGCCGGGAAUUGCAUCGGAGCCGGUUGUCCACCCUCCUUCAACUUAUCAGGAGGGGUUUCAGGCGGGAUUGUGUCACACAGGUCUUCCUGAGGCUCCGGAUGUCCUUCGAGGCUAUGUGGCUGGCCUGCUGACAUUGCUUGACAAGAAUGUCAGAACUGCGGCGGAUUGUGGUUAUACUGGUCAUCUCUUCACCAACAACCAUGAUGGGGAGACAUCCUCUGCCCGUUCGUCGCUUCAGGGGUACUUGCCGGGCGCAAUGGCACAUGACUCUGGGAUAAACUUCACUGAAAACAUGCGGUCUGCGAAGGUCAACUCGCUACACCUUGGGCAAACGCGCACGCCGGUAUACGGUCCCAGAGCAAACGAACAUAGUGUACAGAUGACGUACGCGCAAGGAGUUGACGCUCCGCGUGAUGGCUUUAUGCGAGGCCCAUCGAACGGAGGGAAUUUUGAUGGGUAUAGACAGAGAGUUCCUGUAAGCCACAACCAAGUCAAAAAAGGGGAGGCACAAAUUGACCUUGCACUGUCUGUCCAUCCGCCUCUCUCCCAAAAAUUCUCUGGAAACCAGAUGGGCAACCGGUCGUACGGUACACCUGAUUUGAUGCAGCGAUUCUUUCCUGCGGCGAAGGAGCACCCUCCAGAGGUUCACAAGACUGAGACUGGCCAUGGCAAUGCCAUGAGAGCUUCUGGACAACAGCGACUUUCGGGACUGGACGGUGCGGUCGACGACCUGGAGGGACUUGUCGUCGAUGCACAGGAGGAAGAGAAAGGUGUGGCGGGAUCUUCGGAUUCGGCUGAAGCUGACGCAUCGUGCUUCAAGCCAUCGUGUGGAAAAGGCAAGCAGGCGGCGUCGACUGCGGCUAUGUCCAACAGUGGAACGACGUCGCCAUCGAAGACCACGUCACCCAGAAAGGCUGGAGAGCACUCACCAGCCAAGGCCAGGCUCGAGCAAGUCACAAGCAAACUGCGACGGCCGAAGAAGGAGGAUGUGGGAAGCAUGUCGGCAGAGGAGAAGCAGAAGCGCACGGAGAAAUGGGGCAAGCGAUUCCGGCAGAUCAAAACGAGGGAGGAGAAGGACAUUGAGCGGUACAUGCGAGAGAAUCCUCGUCGAGACUCGGAGGAAGGCGCUUGUCGCUAG